AUCUCUCUCUUCUGCUCUCACCUCACAAGACGGAGGAAGACACAUGAUUCCACCAGAGGGAAAAGGGAAUGAUCACAAGUCCGCCUUUGACUUCAAGUUGUAUAUGAUCCGCAAAGCCGAAUCUGUAAAUGCGGCUCUCGACAAUUCCGUACCGCUUCUGAAGCCCCUUACAAUCCAAGAAGCGGUGCGGUACUCUUUGCUAGCGGGCGGAAAACGUGUGAGGCCUCUGCUCUGCAUUGCCGCUUGCGAGCUUGUGGGAGGCGACGAGGCUACUGCCAUGUCAGCUGCUUGUGCGGUCGAGAUGAUCCACACGAGCUCCCUAAUCCAUGACGACCUUCCGUGCAUGGACAAUGCCGAUCUCCGCAGAGGCAAGCAAACCAACCACAAGGUAUUUGGAGAAGACAUGGCGGUUUUGGCGGGUGAUGCACUCCUUGCUUUGGCGUUUGAGCACAUGACGGUUGUGUCGAGUGGGUUGGUCGCUCCCGAGAGGAUGAUUCGAGCGGUGGUUGAGCUGGCAAGGGCCAUAGGGACAAAAGGGUUAGUGGCAGGGCAAGUAAUUGACCUAAGCAGCGAAAGACUGAAUCCACACGACGCUGGAUUGGAGCGUCUAGAGUUCAUCCACCUCCACAAAACGGCAGCGUUGUUGGAGGCAGCAGCAGUGUUAGGGGCCAUAAUGGGAGGUGGAACAGAGGAAGAGAUCGAGAAACUUAGAAAGUAUGCGAGAUGUAUUGGCCUAUUGUUUCAGGUUGUUGAUGAUAUACUUGACGUAACAAAAUCUACGGAGGAAUUGGGUAAGAAUGCCGGAAAAGACGUAAUGGCCGGAAAGCUGACGUAUCCAAGACUGAUAGGUUUGGAGAGAUCGAGAGAAGUUGCAGAGAAACUGAGCAGAGAAGCAGAGGAACAGCUUUUAGGGUUUGAUUCGGACAAGGCAGAGCCUCUGGUGGCUCUGGCAAACUAUAUUGCUUGCAGACACAACUGAUACUUUCAAUUAACUAAUCAUAUUUUCAAUGCAAUCGCCUAAUAAGUCAAUUUAGUUCGAAAUGUUGUGAUCAUCUCUCUGUGUUUUCAGGUUGUAUUUUAGUAUUCUGUUUUUGAAUCUUAAUGUCAACAAAUAUCAAUACACAUG